GGUGUCACUUGACGUUUCGGAUUUUACGCACGAAACCCCUCUGCUGCUUUCACCACAAGUAUUGUGCUCUUGCUUUACGUUCAUUUAGCCUAGGCUUAUUUUAUGAAAUUCGUUGAUAUUUUGUCAAAAUAUAAUCGUAUUGAAAUGUAUGUUACAUUCGAAAUGCGAUAGGCCUAUGUGUUAGUGAGAGAUAUCAAAUGGUAUUUUCAGACAGAAGACGGCGAAGAACAUCCUACCAUCAACUGCUUGAUAUCGACCUCGUUUUAUUUGUCAUAUUCUAUUCAAGGUUCUGUAUUCUGAUGUCGACAACAUGAGAAAGGCAUUCAUAAAACACGUCAAAAGGUUUCCGUGGCUAACCAACGUAACCCUCUACGGUUGCCUGUUUGCCGGCGGGGAUUUCGUUCACCAGUUGUUCUCGAGCAAUGAAAAAAUGGACUGGAGGCACACACGCAAUGUGGCAGUGGUCGCUUUCAGUUUCCAUGGCAACUUUAACUUCUUCUGGAUGCGGUUUUUGGAGCGCAGAUUUCCCGGGAAUUCGGUCAGGAUGGUUGUGCGUAAACUUUUCUUGGACCAGACCACAGCCGCCCCUCUGGCCACUAGUGUAUUCUACACAGGUCAGUCAGAUGUGUCCAUGGCGGAGAGCAUCAUGUCUCCAGAUGAGAUUGAAGUGGAGAUGGCUCGCAUCCAGCGCCUCAGGGAGGUGCUGGUAAGGAGGGAGUCCGAACUGCGCUUUAUGGCGGACGACAUCCAGCUCUGCAAAGACAUCAUGAGUCUGAAACAGGAGCUGAGGAAGGUGGUAACUGUACCAGAGAAAGAGAAGACCAAGAAACAGAGACAGUGGGAGGAGGAGUUGAUCCUGAAAAUCCAUAAACUGGUGCAGAAGAGGGAUUUCCUAGUGGACGAUGCAGAGGUGGAGAGAUUAAGGGAGCAGGAGGAGGACAAGGAGAUGGCUGAGUUCCUGAGACAGAAGCUGAUGCCUCUGGAGAAGCUGGCCAGAGAAGCUGCCCAAAAUCCCCAGAAGCCCAAGAGACUCCCUGGUCCUCCGCCCAGCAAGCCGUCCGUCACCAAGUCCAUCACCAUCAUCAAGGACUGCUGCGGAGCCACCCAGUGUUGUAUCAUGUGACCGUGGUUACCGAGGAGUUGAGGACAGUACACCCUCCCAUUCACAGCACCACCCUAGUAACAACAACACAGUCACACUGUACAUCUGUCACCUGACCUGGUCUCUUGGUGUCAUAUCACCUAUCGUUACAUCAUUUCCUGUGAUCCAGAGAACCCUGGUGCAAAAUGGACGCCCUUAUACGUGAUAGAUGGACAGGCCUGGCCACAUGAAAAUAAUGGAAUAACAGAAAUGUAAAUGAAAUAUGUGGCACUAUAUAAUGUUAAAAGGCAAUUGGAAAUUGACUAUAUGGGACCUGUACAGUAUUGUAAGCAAUACACCAAUUUAUAUUGAUUUAGGGACUCAUUACAUCCCUCUUGAAACAUUCUUCAUAGAUCAAUAAUGACAUAUAUUCCUCAGAUUUAUAAGCACAACGUCCCAUACCCAACCACAUCAUACCAAGGUUCUCUGUCCACCAGGAAAUGACAUAACUAAAUUGUUAUUGACUUUGUCAUUUUGAAUAACGGGUAUUUACUGGGAUGCUUCCAUUCCAACCCUUUAACAGAACAACUAGAACUCCUCUCAGACUUAGGACUGUAUGCUUACCAGGGUGGGGUAAAUUCCAUUUCAAUUCAGUCAAUUACUUACCGAAUUACCAGAUUUGAAAAUGAAUUGAUCCAACCCUGAUGCUUGCUCUGGAACUGUAGAUUAUGAAACACUUCACUCACUGCAGUACAUUUUCUAUCCCUUUAUUGUAAAGGUAUACUUCCUAUAUAAACAGUAUUACUGAACACAGUUGCUAUGAUACCAUUUACAUUGGCAAGCUGCAACAAUCGCAUGAUUGAGUUAUUUUGUUUUUCUAUGAUGUAUAUCAACGUAUCAAUAACCAGCCAGUAUACACACGCAUUUAUGUUGCUAAGACAAAGUCAGCCUUACAACUGGUCAAUCUUAUAUUCACCAAAACAUACUGGUAGUCAUUACCAUGGUAUCACUACAAUAUUAUUCAUGAUUACAAUGAAUAAGUAUAGCAAAGGAAAACAAUUAGCGUCAUACUACGAGUCUUGCAAUUUCUACGGCAAAACAAGAAGAGGUGAAUGCAAUUCUUUAUGUGUACAUGCCUUUGUUAAGACUCUGGAAAAGAAAGUGUUUGUUGGAAUCUAAUGUUUGUAGAAGAUUAGGGAGUCCUGUUCAACAAAGUGACCCUCUACUUCAGAAUAUUUCCCUCUAACCCCACGCCUCCCUUUGGGUAGAUCUAGGAAGUAGUUUCCUUGACUCGUCAAGUCCUUCUCCUUGCUUCCAUCGGAGGUUUUGAGAAGCAAAGAAUUGAGGAAACCACUGAGACUCAUCCCUGAACUUUGUUCUGUAGUUUUAGUGAUGCUUUAAUGUCCAAAUUGAACAAUAUGCAUAAAUGAGCUGAAAUUACCUGUACAUAUACAGUACCAGUCAAAAGUUUGGAGACACCUACUCAUUACAGGGUUCUUUAUUUUUACUACUUUCUACAUUGUAGAAAAAUAGUGAAGACAUAAAACCUAUGAAAUAGCACAUAUGGAAUCAUGUAACCAAAACGAGUGUUAAAUCAAAAUAUAUUUUAUAUUUGAGAUUCUUCUAGGUAGCUACCCUUUGUCUUGAUGACAGCUUUGCACACACUAGGCAUUCUCCCAACCAGCUUCAUGAGGUAGUCACCUGGAAUGCAUUUCAAUUAACAGGUGUGCCCUGUUAAAAGUUAAUUUGUGGAAUUUCUUUCCUUCUUAAUGCAUUUGAGCCAAUCAGUUGUGCUGUGACAAGGUAGGGUUGGUAUACAGAAGACAGCCCUAUUUUGGUUAAAGACCAAGUCCAUAUUAUGGCAAGAACAGCUCAAAUAAGCAAAGAGAAACAACAGUCCAUCAUUACUUUAGGACAUUAAUCUCAGUCAAUGCGGAAAAUUAGUGCUAAGUGCUAUGAUGAAACUGUCUCUCAUGAGGACCGCCACGGGAAAGGAAGACCCAGAGUUCAUUUGAGUUACCAGCCUCAGAAAAUGCAGCCAGAAAUAAAUGCGUCACAGAGUUCAAGUACCAGACACAUCUUAACAUCAACUGUUCAGAGGAGACUGAGUGUAUCAGGCCUUCAUGGUCAAAUUGCUGGAAAGAAAUCACUACUAAAGGACACCAAUAAUAAGAGACUUGGGCCAAGAAACACAAGCAAUGGACAUUAGACCAGAGGAAAUCUGUCUUUUGGUCCGUUGAGUCCAAAUUUGAGAUAUUUGGUUCCAACCCGCCAUGUCUUUGUGAGAUGCAGAGUAGGUGAACGGAUGAUCUCCGCAUCUGUGGUUCCCACCAUGAAGCAUGGAGGAGUUGGUGUGCUGGUGACACUGGCAGUGAUUUAUUUAGAAUUCAAGGCACACAACCAGCGUGGCUACCAGAGCAUUCUGCUGUGCUUCGCCAUCCCAUAUGGUUUGCGCUUAGUGGGACAAUCAUUUGUUUUUCAACAAUCAAAAACACACCUCCAGGCUGUGUAAGGGCUUUUUGACCAAGGAGAGUGGAGAGCUGCAUCAGAUGACCUGGCCUCCACAAUCACCUGACCUCAACCCAAUUGAGUUUGACCAUGAAGGAAAAGCAGCCAACAAGUGCUCAGCAUAUGUAGGAACUCUUUCAAGACUGUUGGAAAAGCAUUCUUAACGAGGCUGGUUGAGAGAAUGUCAAGAGUGUGCAAAGUUGUCAAGGCAAAGGCUACUUUGAAGAAUCUAAAAUAUAUUUUGAUUUGUUUAACACUUUUUUGGUUACUACAUGAUUCCAUGUGUGUUAUUUCAUAGUUUGUGUCUUCACUGUUAUUUUACAAUGUACAAAAAAGUUAAAAUAAAUAAAAACCCUUGAACGUGUGUGUAGGUGUGUCCAAACUUUUGACUGGUACUGUAUUUAAAUAAAAAGGCAUCUUUCAGGAA